GAGAGAUGAUUCAACCUGCACUCACACGUGUCCUCUUUGUGUUUGGACUCUUCCAGAAAGGUCUAACAUCUGUAAUCCAGUCUGUGGAGACUGUGGAGGAGGCAGUGGGAGAAGAUGCUCUCCUCAGCUGUCAGAUCCUUAAGUCAGAAAAUGUGGAACAUGUCACAUGGCAGAAACAGACGCAGGAUGGGGGGAUCAAUCUCGCCGGCUUCAACGAUAUCUUUGGCUCCCCGGUGAUCUUAGACUUCAUAGGCAAAGUGGAAGUGAAAGAUGGUGGACUGCACAACAGCUCCAUAGUGAUCAAGAAUGUGACGGAGGAAGAGGAUGAAGGCUGCUACCUCUGCCUCUUCUUCACCAACCCUGAUGGAGCGCUCACUGGCAGAACCUGCCUCAAGGUCUAUGAGCUUCAUGAACCCGUUCUACACGUGAGAGAAUCAAAUUCCACUGAUGAGUUCCUGGUUUCCUGCUCCGCCACAGGACGACCUGCUCCAACCGUAACUCUCAACCUCACACAGCAAGACUUCUACCUCUCACAGAACCAAACUCUGGUGAUCAACACAAACGGUACAUUCACUGUCACUGCCACAGCCGUGUUGGCAGGUUUCCAUGACGCCGGCACACGGGUUGGAUGUGCAGCGCAGGUGCUCUCGUGUCGUAAAGAGGCGUUUGUGGAGAUUCCUGACGUGAAACUGACGCCUACUAGUGGUUUGGAUGAGGGAUCUGGAUCUGCUAGCAGAAGCUUCGGUAAGUUGACGUUCACAAGUCUCUCAUUUGACCUGUUGACAGCUCGCUGA